UUCGUGGAGCAUUUGUGUUUCACUUACGCAUUAUCAAAAUCAGUUUUUGCUUGUUGCCAGCUGUGGAAGCUGCGUGUAAACAGAGUAAAGUUUUAAUUAUUCCGUACACAUAUCUCCCUCAAGUGAUGGCCAGUAAAUUCUAUUACUUUGGUUUUGGCAGCAACAUGUUGGCUCGCCGCAUACACAUACAAAAUCCCACUGCCAGGCGCAUUGGAGCUGGCAAACUGCAGAACUAUCGUCUUGACUUUCAUGGCACUGGUUCCAAUAGUUGGCUCGGAGCACCGGCCACAAUUGUUCCCAUGCAAGGAGCACAAGUUUUUGGCGCUAUUUGGGAGAUUGACAUGUGCAACCUUAAGGAUUUGGAUGACCAGGAGGGCGUUUCCGAUGGCAUUUAUAUUCCGAUCAAUGUGCCCGUCCAUUCGCUUAGCAGCAACGAUGAAGUCAUCUGCCGGGCAUAUCAUCUGAACAAUCAACCGGAGACGGAUGUCCACGGACAGGCUUCCAAUGCGGACGUGCCUCACUGUCGCCAACCCUCUCACACUUACCUCAAGGUGCUCGUCAAGGGAGCCGAAGAGACCGGCGUACCCGGUGAAUAUGUCAAGUGGCUGAGGAGCCUUAGACAUAAUGGCAACAAUGUCGAGGCUAUGGAACUAAAAUUGGAACUUUCUGAAGUGAAACUUAGUUAAUAUUGACGAUCAAUUAAUUCCACUGUUUUCAUGGUCAAUCCUUAAUGUAUAUGUAUUUGUGUAUGUACAUUUAAAGUUUUAUACAUAAAUAUUCCAUUUACACUUUUGAGCAUCGGAAA